GUGUGUGUGUGUGUGUGUGUGUGUGUACAGCAAUGGUACACCAGCACGAUGAACCUUCUGGGGACCUGGCUGACUGACCGCAUGGACCUACAGCUUCACGUCUAUCAGCUGAAGAUCCUGAUCCGGAUUGUUAAGAAGAAGUACAGAGACUUCCGUCUCCAGGCGGUGUUGGACUCCACAUUAAACAGUAAGAUGUACGAAACAGUGAAAAACCGUCUGACACUGGAAGAAGCUACCGCCUCAGUGAGGGAUGGCGGGAUGCAGGGAGUCUCCAUGACGGACAGUGAGGCAGGAGGACGAUGGGAACUAGAGGAGGAGCUCUGCAUAGGACGGUCCACUAACCCUUUGGCCAGAUGUCUCCUUUCCUCCAUCCUUCACUUUUUAGUUUCACAUUUCUGUCAUGAUUUAGAAAAUGUGAAGUCUUUCUGGAACCAAAUGUUUGUGUUGGUGGACGCUUAA